AUGCCGUCAGCGUCAAACAUGUGCAACCCGUGGCCCCAGCACACGAACAUCGCGCAGAACAAGCAGGCCAACCAGAAGCCGAUAAUCCAGCGAUUUGUCCGUGAUGGAGCGAGCCCGCAUCCCCAGCUGUGCUUCUCGCUGCAUUCUCCCGACUCGAAGAUCCCGGUCUGCGUUGCCUGCCACCGCGGCGACUGGCGCAACUACGUCGAGAACACGCUGGAGGCCGUGGAAAGCUGCAUCCAGAUGGGGGCUGACAUAGUCGAAGUCGAUGUCUGGCGCACAAGUGACGGCGCGCUCAUCCUCAUGCACGACGAGACGCUCGACCGUACAACAAACGGUAUGGGUAGGGUGUGCGAUCACACCCUCGCAGAGAUACGUGCACUGCGUCUGAAGGACGGGCUUGGCAACAUGACGGAGUUCACAGUGCCGACGGUGGAGGAGGUGCUACUGCUGGCGAAGGACCGCGUCAUCCUCAACUUGGACAAGGCCGACAUCUACUUGGAUGAGGUCUACCCACUGCUCGUGAAGACGGGAAUGCUGGAGCAGACGAUUCUAAAGUCGGAGAUUCCCGUCGACGAGCUGUGCAAGCGGUACUCGGCGGAUUUGCUCAAUCGCGUUAUUUUUAUGCCCAUUUUGAAUAUCACGGACACCACAACGUACGAGAGCAUCGACCGCGCCUUCGCCGCCAACCACGUCCUGUAUGAGGUGAACUUUGAGAAGGAAAAUACCGACAUAUUGCAGUACAUUCGAAAGCUCGCCAUGAACUCGGGGGCGGCGCUGUGGAUCAACACCAUCUGGCCGACCACCUGCGGCGGUUACAGUGAUGACCACGCGCUGCGUGACAAGGACGCAAACUGGGGCUAUGUGGUUGACCACAUCGGCGCCGGCAUCAUACAGACAGACCGGCCUGCGAUGCUGCUUGCAUACCUCCAAGAGCGCGGCUGUCGCUAA